AUGUCUCUGCUUUUUCUAUUUUGUCUUCUAUUGUCAUCAUUCAACUAUGUUAGAAGUCAAAAUUAUCCAUAUGAUUCAACAUGUAAUUGUACAUCGAUAUCAUCGAAUGGUAAUAUUUGUCUUCAAUAUACUUGUCUAACAAUUAAACGUGUUGCACAAUGUUUUCCUGGUCGAAGUAUCGUUAUAACAGAAAAUGGUUUAAUGAAAUCUUUAUCAGAUUUAAAAAAAGGUGACCGUGUUCUCGUUAUGAAUAAAGAUAAUACAUUGAUGUAUGAACCUAUCGAAGGAUUUAUUCAUUUGAAACGAGAUGGUUUAUUUGAUUUUUUAUUAAUUAACAUAAAAAUUGACGAUCAUAAAAACACUACAACAUCUUUAUUUAUAUCAUUGAAUCAUUUAAUAUUUUUAGCAAAUGAUACAGAACUAAAAUCUGCCAUAUUUGCUAGUCAACUUCAUGUUGGCGAUCGUAUAAAAUAUUUGCAUCAUAAUCAAAUUGUAGCGGCAAAAAUUGAAAGUAUUUAUUUAACGAAGGAAGAAGGUUUCUAUGCACCGUUAACACCAUCAGGCACGAUCAUCAUUGAUAACGUUGUAGUUUCCAAUUAUGCAACUGUUAGUAAUCAUCAGUUGGCUCAUUAUGUUAUGAAUAUAUAUCGCUGGUGGACUCAUCUAUUUGGAUCCAAUGAAAAUAAUGAAAAUGUUCAUUGGACAUUACAAUUAAUUGAAAGAAUAGUGAAAUGGUAUGGUAUUGAAAAAUUCAGUCAAACAUCAACGUUCGAUGGUGUAUUUCAGGUGUCUGGAUUUCUUUGA